CCGAGAAUAGGUGUAUAUCGAACUCCUAGUACUGUUGUGAAGUGCACGGGUGACAUACACAUUAUGUCUAGAAGAGGCAGUAGACCCGAUACCCUUCAUAAUGCUAGUGAGGGAUCUCUAGAUUCUACGGCUAUAAGCAAAUGGCACCUUGAUCCAGGUGAUUUGGAAGGUGGUCCAUCUCGAAAUCCUGAUAAUAGAAUUCCUAAGAACUUAUUAGAAUGGGUUCAUAAUAAGGGGAGCUUCGAGAGUAGCGAGAAUUUUGAAAGUGAGAGUAGCUCCAAUACACUGAAAAUUGAACAAGAUUUCCUUUCAGAACAACCUGGAGAGCACCCUAGAGAAUGGACGAGGCAAGAAAUUGCAAGGGGAUAUAUUCGUUAUAGGAAGAGCAUGACAGUAGUCCGACACUUUUCACCAGGCUGUGGGAAAAAUGUAAGGGGACAACCAGAAAAGAAUAAGGAGAAAGUAACAGUGGCAAGUAAAACCCUUAGAAAGGUGUCAGGUGUAUGAUAUUUUCCUCCCGAUUGUGAAAGAAAUGCUGCAUCGAUAAGUGAUGAGGAACGUAGGAGAAUGCAACAAGCCUAGAUUGAAGAACAAAGGAGAAAAUCUUAGGAGGAAUAGGAUCCAUUGAUGUACCCGGAUCAGGACAAUAAGGAACCUAAAGAUGUUUAAUACUUUAGUUGAAGUUGCAUUGUCAUAAAUCUAGGCAAGUGUCGUUUAAGGGAAAAUGUGAUAGUUACCUGUAUAAAGGAGUUAGGAGUGGCUUUUAUUUUGUAUGAUUCGAAUGGAAUGUAAAAUAGCUGUUUAAAUAAUUGGAUAUGUAUGGGAAUCUUUUAGUAUAAUAGAGAUAAAUUGAUAAUA